GUACCUGUCGUCCACGAUGAAGUCGCUGCUACUGGCGCUGCUGGCUCUCCCGACGAGCCUGCUCACCGCCGUGUAUGCAGCCUCGGGCGAGGAGCAUGCGGCCUCAUCGUCGUCGCUGUCGUCGUCGGCGGUCGAAUACUCGGAGCAUCUCCACCUGAAGCCGCUCCCAGGCGGCGCUCUCUACGCUGGCUUCAACUUCACCGCCUCGACGCCGCUGGCCGACUACGAUCACCAGCACUUCCGCUUCUUCCCCCGCUCGCUGGCGCAGAUCCUGCAAUACACUCACACUCCCGAGCUGCACCUCCGCUUUGCGCUGGGACGAUGGGAUGAAGAGAGCUGGGGCAGCCGCCCGCGCAACGGACGGCGAGAGGGCGGCACGGGCGUCGAGCUGUGGGCGUGGAUCGAAGGUCGCUCCCAAGUAGAGGCCGAGGAGCGGUGGAGUGGCCUGGUCAACAGCUUGAGUGGCCUCUUCUGUGCCAGUCUCAACUUCAUCGACCAGACCAAAACUAUAUCGCCUCUUCUGACCUUCCAGCCGGAGGCGUCCCCACGCGCAAGCAACGCCACUUUGCAUCUCAUGCACGGCGUGCUGCCUCAUGAGGUGGUGUGCACGGAGAACUUGACGCCGUUCCUCAAACUGCUACCAUGCAAAGGCAAGGCUGGGGUGUCUAGUCUCCUGGACGGACAUAAAGUCUUUGAUGCCAACUGGCAGACUAUGGCUAUUGAUGUCCGACCGCGUUGUGAUUCUACGGGACAUUGUUCUCUCGAGAUUGAUCAAACUGUGGAUAUGGUCUUGGACAUUGAGCGGAGCAUGCGACCACAGGACAAUCCGAUCCCGAGGCCACCACACAUUGACCAGAUUGUUUGUGAUGAUACCAAAUCCUACAAUGGGCACGAUACUUGUUAUCCAAAACGACUUGAAGGCGACAGGGAGUGGUCAUUGAGCCGUGUCUUUGGGAGGCCAUUGCAGGGAAGCUGCCCCCUGGGAGCUGCUAAGAAUGCUGCGGUUGUAUCACUGGAUGUACCAGCCUCGAGUCUCGUUGAUGUCAAGUCUAGUACCAGCUCGCAUGAAGACUCUCAGCACAACUCAAGCUGGAGAAAGUACGUUCUCAAGGCAGAUGAGGAGUUUGAUCUGAUUUUACCUCAACAUGAUGCCCAGCAGCUCGAUCCAGAAGAGUUACAGCUGCUGCGUGCGAGCAGACAAAUCACUGGGUACGGCCAAGAACGGGGAGGUAUGCACACGGUGAUUGUCAACCCACACGCCACCGCACAGCGGAUUGUCUAUCUGGAAAGCCUACCGUGGUAUUUGAGACCCUAUAUGCACACGUUGAAAAUCACAGGCGCCACCACAGAAAAGAUGUACUACACUCCCGCCAUCGAUCGGCGCAAAGGCACACAUCUCGAGCUUCUCUUAAACGUUCCCGCCUUCUCCACUGUGGAACUCACAUACGACUUCGAAAAGGCCAUUCUCCGGUACACCGAGUACCCUCCGGACGCCAACCGCGGCUUCGACGUGGCACCUGCCAUCAUCCGAGUCCUCCCCGAAUCCGAAGGUGGCGAAAACAGCUACUUGCGAACCACCUCACUUCUCCUUCCUUUACCCACGCCCGAUUUCAGCAUGCCAUACAACGUCAUCAUCCUGACCUCGACCGUCAUCGCACUCGGAUUUGGAAGCAUUUUCAAUCUCCUCACUCGAAGAUUUGUCUUGCUCGAAGAGGUUCCCAAAGCGCCUUUGGCCAUCUUGAUUGGUCAUGUUCGUGAACGGAUCGCUGCCCUUUGUGGCCACCAGCAGCAGAUGGCGAAAACAAGGGGGGUGGUGGGGGAAAAUGGAAAUGUGGUGCCGACGACGGGUGGUGGGAAAUGGGCAUCUGCGGCGGCGGCGACGAAGACGACGGGAUCUGCUGCGUUUGACCAUGAUCUUGGGACCAUGUAUUCCCGCAAGACGGGGACGAGACUGGUCAAGAAUGCGAAUGGUCGGAUUGUCGAAGCAGAUAGAUGAUGAGAUGGUGCGCAACGAACGCAUCCCAACUACGAGGAACAAGCAAAUACAGUCUCUCAAGUGACACAGCUCCACACUCUCCUGUGCAGCGAAGCUCAUUCAUUGCAGGUUUCCAUUCAGCCCAUCUAUCUAUAUUCUUCUGCUCAGGUCAUCCUCACCAGGGUAAUCCACUUCUACGUUCUCGCCGCUCCCCAGGCAUGUCCCAUUCUCAUAAAAAAGAAAAGUCGCCCUCAUCAAGGAAACUCACUGGUCUCGGCACUUUCCCAGCAUCUCCUGGGCAAAUCCAUCCCGCCCCUCAUGGACCGUGAUUCUCUCCGCAGCCUUGACCAAAUCGUACACUAUCCCAUCAUUCACCACACUAUCCAUCUGGUAUUCUUCGUGCUCUCGUACGAAAUGUCUGAUCCACUUCGCAGCCGUCCACAGAGACCCGUUCGCCCUUCCUCUGAUCAGAGCCAAAUAUUGCGCCAAUUCGCAUCUGGUCUCCACAUCCACAUUGAUGCUGUCGAGGUACGACUCGACCAGAGGAAUGAGGCCCGGAAACCCUCUGCCGCCACUUCCAGUGUCCUUUCCAUUAAUGAUCUCAUCAACCGUCAUGAGUUCAUAUUCGUCUUCUACGGGACCAGGACUCGGUGGUCUACUAGCCUGCGGAGUGUUCGUCCCAGAAGGCGGUGCGGAGCUGCCGUUGGGUCUCGGCAUGCGUUUCGGUAAAGGGUCUUUGCGGAAGUAGAAUUUGUCAUUCAGCACCGCAUCACGACGAUGCGCUGUCUCCAUGUUUUCUGUUGUCUUGGGUAUGGGUAGGUAGAAGUUGAGAUCGAAACUGAGAAUGGCUCGUGUGAUGAGGACCACGAAAACCGAGAAAGCUGCGUUUUCAUAGUCUGUGAUUUGUAUUUCCAUGGGUCGAACCUCCACUCGCCAGCCAAUAUCGCUUCCUGGAGGCGGGGGCUUGAAUCGCAUGUGUUGCCAGUUGGUACUUUGAAGGUUCUCAAAGUGGUCCGUUUUGUCGAGGUCGAGCUCCUGAAGAUCCUCAUUGAAGACAACAAUGGGGUCGCGGAUGAAGAGGUGCGCAAAAUGCGUUGCGAGGAGAUCGUCCAUGCCCCCUUCCACCAGUCGCUCUUGUAACUUGUCGUCCACGAUCAGGUUGGGAUCUAGGUACUCCGGUCGCAAACGUGGGUCCUGCGCGAUGUAGGUACUGUUACUGGCGUAGCGGGAUUUGGGAAUCCUCCAUCGAUCAUUCUUGAGCGGUCGCUCACCCAGCUCCUCCGCGGUCCGAUCGUCGACAGCUCCGCCAAUCUGGUUCCAUCGUACAUCAGUAUCGGCGAGGAAUCCUUUGUAUAUCGGGGUUGCGGCAGUCAGUGCGAGCAAGAUGGGUCCUAGUGGCGACAGCUGGUCGUACAUUAUACGACCUUCCGUGACGUUCUUGGCUUGAAAUGUGAUUUGGAGACAGCACGAACCCAUGCCGAAUGCCAUGGCGUCCAUGUAGAUGUGGUCGUCCUUGGCGGCGCCAUUACGGACGUCGUCAUCCUCGGGCCAGUCAUGGAGGUCGUACUUGACGGUGGGAUCUUUCCAAGGUCGAGCAGUCUUCUCGUCGUGAAAGACGGGAACGUUGAGCUCUACUUUGCGCCCGCGCCGCUGCCGUAUGUUCGCCGCCAAGGUCGGAAAUCUGAUAUGAGGAUUCGCAAUCUCAUCCGGCACGAAUUGUGAACGCAACUUGGGUCCCGAUGGAGGGUAGUAAGGCGUGAUGGAUUUCCGAUCUCCCAACAGUGGAAAGGUGGUCAAUGUGAUGGGAUAUUCGUGGUCGUAGAUGUGGUCUUUGGCAAUCUUUCGUCUCCACUUCAUGUCCGUUUCCACAUCCAGCAAGUCUUUCAAGCUGAUACUCCAUGGCUUUCCCGGCGUGGCUUCCAGCAUAAAUCUACCAAAUUCUGGGUGAAAGGUCGGCGCUGGCCACGGACUCUUCACGACACCUUGCGCAAUGUCAGGGACACCACCACCCUGCUUGAGCAGUUCUUCAUCCUUGGCCAAGGCUUCCAGGAUCUCGGCCUGUCGCAGGGAGAGCUUGACUUCUUUCUUCUCGUCAUCGAAAGAGACGACCAAGUACUCAAUCUCAUCUCCCCACAACAACUUGUCCCGCUCCUUGCCCUUCGAUCGGUUCCAUAUGGCCAGCAAUUGCUGCAACCGUGUCAGUCCCACACAUGACCCAUUGCCCACACACGCAUGGUGUGCCCAAUCAGAUAGAUACCUCUAUUCCCCAUUCUCGCACAUGUCCGGCGACCUUCUUCGCCUCUGGCCACUCCAGAGGGGUACCCACUGCACUGCGUUCACAAUCAACAUUUUGAAUUGGUGUGUGCGACAGGCGCAUGCAGGGCAAGUGUGUCUGCGUACAGUAGCCCCAUGGUGAAAGACUCAGGGUAGAUAUGCCGUCCGUCUUUCGGCCGAAACCUUUCCAGCAGAACCUGUGUAGUCACCAGAUCCUGAUUUCUGCAACAGCCACUCCUGGUCAAGCGUGUGUUGUGCUACCACCGCAGCUGCAUAUGCACACUCGACAAUUUUCGGUUGCACGAACAAGACCCGUACGCUUGCGUGCUCUCGCUAUCUGUGAGACGGCGGAUGGUGGUUCUGUUGGUGACGUUGGCGUGCCUCCUUGCAACUUAUGUCUGACGAGACAUGGCUCUCACACUCGCUUCGAUCGGCUUCUCAUUCGACGAGGGUGGGUGUUUGGUGGAGACGGACGAUAAUGCAGGCCUGAGGGCAACGAGAGGCAGAGGA